AUGGCUGACGAGGAGAUCAACUAUGAGAGCGACGCGGGGUUAGAUUCUAUUUUCUUCACCCGCCCCAAGGGCCCGAAUCCUCCGCCUACGCCGUAUCUUUACGUGGCAAACUGCGGUGCUGAGGCGGAGAUGACGUAUGCAGCCCUUGCUGACGUGUUCUCCUCCUUCGGCCACGUCCGCCGCGUCGUCCCGGCCGGCGCCGCCAAUCUCACCCGCAUUUUUGUCGUUUUCGGCGGGCGCUCGCGCGCUGAGGCCUCCGCUGCGGCGGAAGCUGCACUGCAGGCGCUGAGCGGAAAGCCGUGCGCGGACGCGGGCGGUAGGAAGAUGCACAUCCAGUUCGCCGUGGGGAAGCGAUCCGCGCCGGUGGAGCAUCCGGUGGUACACCACAAUGUUGACGCGCUCGCUAUACCGGGGCUGUUCCUGCACCUCGAUUUUGUCACACCCGAGAUGGAACAGACACGAGACAUCGAGAAAGACAAGUGGAUCGGCCCGCUACCCGCAGCAGUGUCGGAUUUUGUUUCGCGGGCAGAACAGCUGCCCGAGCUCACGGGCUGCCCGGAAGUUUGCAUGCCGCUGGACCAACUAACGGAAGGUAGGGGUGGGCCUGGGGAAGAAAACGCUGCUCCUUCUACCUCCCCCCUUCUCCCCUUCUUCUCCCUCUCCCCUUACGCCACAGAUCAACGAAUAAAUGAGUCUGCAACAGGGAUCAACGAGUACGGGACAGGGGUGGGCCUGGCACCGCACAUCGACACGCAUGCUGCAUUCGAGGGUGCUGUUCUCUCCCUCUCCCUGGCUGGCCCUGCGAUUAUGGAGUUCAGGAGACCCCUCGGGCCGCAACCCGUGGGGAAACAACCACUGGGGAAGAAAAAGGUUGUUGGUGGGAGCAGUGGGAGCAGUGAACAGGGUGUGGGGAGUGAGAUUAGUAGGGGCAGCAAUGGAAAGUGUGAGAGCAGUGACAGUGCCUGUUGCAGCAGCGACGACAAUAGCAGAGGCAAUGGUGCUGUCAGUGGUGUUAGCCAAAUCAGCACUAACCAUAGCAGCAGCAACAGCAGUGACUGUAGCGCAGUUAGAGCUGAGGAAAAAGCCGGAGUAGAAGCUAAGGAGGUAGCAACACCAAAUGAGAGGAGAGCGGAGGAGAAUCGAGAAGAGGAGAGGAGAGCAGAAGAGAGGAAAACCGAGGAAAGGAGAGCAGAGGACAGGAGAGUGCUCUUCCUACCCCCUCGCUCCCUCCUAGUCCUAACAGGGGAGGCCCGAUACGCGUGGUCUCACUACAUUCCCAACCACAAGAUCGACCACAUCAACGGUCAGGUUUUCCCGCGCGCCCCCCGCCGCGUUUCUUACACCUUCCGGAGGGUUCGGUUUGGCCCGUGCGGGUGUGCUUACCCUGAGUUCUGUGAUGCUCCCAGAAUGGAAAGUGUUGCCGGAAAUGGAAAAGUGUCGACUGAUAGGGACAGGGCAGCGGGAAGUGAGGGAAUGUUGGUGGAGGGAUCGGGAGCAGAGAAAUUGCUUGUGAAGCAGAAGGGACGUGAGGGGAUGAGGGAGAGAGUGGGAGAUGGGUGUUGUGGAGGGAGUGUGGUGACACACUCACACGAAGGGGUGGCAGAGUGUGGGGAGGAGGGGGAGAAGGGAAAGAAGGAAGAGCAGAGAAUGGGAGGAGGGAACGAUGGGGAACCUGUGAUGACGCACUCGCAUGAAGGAGUGGAGGAGCGCGCAGAGGAGGAAAGGGCAGAGAGGGAGGAUGGGAAAGAGAGCUCCAUCCCCCCUCAUGUUGAUCCUCCGAACCUUCUCUACUCUCCUCAAACCACCCCAGCAGUAGAGCGAGACUUUGUGCACAAGGUAUACGACGCCAUAGCGCCGCAUUUCAGCGCGACACGUUUCGCGCGCUGGCCCAAGGUAGCAGAGUUCCUGCUCUCCCUCCCACCGGGCUCCCUUGUCCUCGACGCCGGGUGUGGCAACGGGAAGUACCUCAAUGGUGGGUUGCCCAUCCCGCCUGCUCUCCCUUCCGCUGCCUCUGUGUCUGUCUCUGCGUCUUCCUCUUUGUCAAUGCGCACUUCCUCCUCCCCGUUCCCUUCCUCGUCCUCCACUCCUUCCUCCUCCACCCCCUUCCCUCCCUCCUCCUCCCCUUCCUCCGCCCCUACCCGCCCACCGGCCGUUCUGAUUGGCUGCGACAUCAGCCCGCCUCUCGUCUCCAUCUGCACCCAACGGGGCUUCGAGGCCUUUGUAGCCGAUACCCUCUCGCUCCCCCUCGCUUCCUCGCGCUUCGACGCGGCGAUUUCCGUGGCCGUUUUGCACCACUUGUCGUCUGAAACCCGGCGGAAACACGCGCUAAGAGAGAUGCUUAGGGUGGUGAGGAAGGGGGGUAGGGUGCUGGUGACUGUGUGGGCGAGGGAGCAGGAGAAUCCGGGGUUGCUUGACAAGUGGACGCCGCUGAUUGGCCGGAUGGCGGAUAAGUGGGUGGGGGAUGUGGAGGCGGGCGGAGGGGAGGAGAAGGGAGGGGAGAGGGAAGGGAGGGCGGGAGGAGGACUGGGGGGGAUCGAGGAGGAAAGAGAGACCAGUAACGAGGAGAAUGCGUGUCCAAGGAGGGGCUCAGCUGGAAAAGAGGUUCCAGGAGAAAAGGGAGCAACAGCAGGGGAAGGGAUGAGUGAGGAGAGUGCAGCUGGGGGCAGUGGGGAAAAGAACCCAAACCCAGAACUUGGAAGGGGAGGGUCGGGGGAAGAAAGGACAGGAGAGUCUGAGCAAGGGAAAGUGACAGGAGAGGAAGCUUCCCAGGAGUUUCUGGUCCCGUGGCACCUGCCAUGUCAUCGAGUGGAGAUAGGCUCGGCAGCAGCUGCACAGCAUGUAGCCUCGGGAUUUGCUCGGCGCGAUGAAGCGAAGGGGUCGGUGGUGUACAACCGAUAUUAUUAUGUUUUCACUCAAGGAGAGCUGGAGAGGCUCAUCACAGAGAUUGGUGGUGCAUCAAUUGUUGAGAGCUUUUACGACAAAUCCAAUUGGUGUGUGAUAAUGGAGAAGCUCUAG